GAAGGUGCCAGGUGCCGCGCGAUCGCGUCAAAGCCUUAAUUGCCUGGCGUCUCGCGGACAGCUCCAGCUAUCCAUCCUUCACCUUCACCCCAUCUGCGGCGACUUAUCGCCCCGUUUUGUCAUUCGACGCUUUUUUCUGGCUUUCGGAGUUCUUCUUCUUUUGUGGUAUUGUAUUCGCAACCGUUUUUGCUCGUAAUCGGUUUGGGUUUCUGUUUGAUCUCGAUGCCGCAGCUGCCCUCCCCGCCAAGGUGACGAUCCGCUGGUCUCCGGACGCAGUUCAGCCUGCCUCCAUUCUAGGCUAGCCAGCUGGACAGAAUGUCAUCGCCCGCUGUCUUGUCCAGUCUCUUAAGCUGUCUGCCGCCGAGACCGCCGACUCCCCCGCGCGAAGCGGAUCAUGAUGCUACAGCCCCAGUCAAACCCACGCUGGGCUCCGGCGACUCCCGAUUGAGCCUGCACACACCACCCGGCUUCCAGUCCCCCGCGUCUUCCUCCGCGACAGACUCUGCCUCACGCCGGAUACGGAAAAAGGUCGGCUUCUCGGUGCAGGCCGAGUACAAGGAUCCGCCUGUGUACACCGACGGCGUGACCCAGCAUCCGACUCCCGUCUCCCUGCCUCGGAGCGCGUCGAAGCCCGUCAAGUCCAUUCUCAAGGCCACCAACCAAGUGCCGAACCUCCUCGAACCGGCGACUGCGAACGAUUGUGAUCCCUCGGAUUUCCAAUUGAACUUGGGCGCCAUGUUGGAAUCAACGGUUCAGCAACUCGCUGGGGGCGACCGCGAGUCUAAGCUCGACGCCUAUUUGAUGCUGACACGAGCAUGGAAGGCGUCCAACAAUCUGCCUGAUCGGGUCGCUCUACAAGAGAAGAUGGGUCUGUUUACUCAGUUCAUGCAACGGGAUGUGGUGGCAAGAACGUCCGAAGGCAAUCUCGAUACCUCCCUCGUCAACCAUGCCCUCAACCUGCUCAACACCUUCCUGCACUUUCCCGCAAUCGCCUCGACCAUUUCCAACGACUUCGGCGUGUUCAUCAUCGACCACUGCAUCCGCUCCUUCGAGGACGUGUCCACCCCCAAGGACACGGCCCGCCGCCUUAUGCAGGUCAUCUCUCUCCAGAACUUCUCGCCCAAAGUCAUGUCCUCCGACAGAGUGGCGAGAUUGGUGUCGUCGUUGCACAACAUUGAGGAGCAUUUGAAGGGGAAGAGCAUAGUCUUGUCUAGGAUUUUCGUCUACCGGAAACUUGUCCAGCAGUCUAGGCAGCCCAUGAUCGCCCACUCGGACUGGUUACUCGACUUGUUCACGGAUAUGCUCAGCAACCUGCGGGACAUCCGAUCAGCGGCCAUCUCCUUGGGCUUAGAAGCGGCUUUUAGUAUUGGUCACGAAAAACAACUCUCUCGGAAGGUCAUGGAAAUCCUCAACCUGGCGUACGAGGACCGGCGCUAUAUCCAGUACUACGAGGAGAGGCUCAGGGCCAUGGCCAAGGACAAGCACGAGUCGGCAGUCGUCCCCGAGAUCUGGAGCGUGGUCAUCCUCCUCCUGCGUGUCCGUCUUGACAAGUGGGAGUACGCGGGUCCAUGGCUACACAUCAUCCAGAACUGUUUCAACAGCGUCGACUUCCCGACAAAGAUUGCCGCCAACCGUGCUUGGGGUCGGCUCACCUACCUCAUGCACCUCGAAGAGCCCGUGUCGCCGAAGGAUCUGGCGACCUUGACGAGGCCCUUCAUCAGCCAGCUCCGACGGAAAAGUUCGGGGAAGCCUUUAGAAGAGGAGUUGCGGCAGGCGGUUCUGGGUGGCAUAUGCAACCUGUUUUACUACGCCUUCAAGCCCAACACAAACUCGACACUUCUGGAAACCUACUGGGACACCAGUGUCAAGCCGGUCCUCUCAAAGCUGCUCGACCGAACCGCGGAGUCUGCCGAGGAUAACCGUCACCAGGCCACCGCCAUUCUCACCGGUCUCUUUGACUGUCUGACACCGCGCAGGUGGAGAGUUGACCACAUCGUGGAAACUGCGCUCGUGAAGCCCGCAGAGCUCCCGGCCAUUGAUCCCAAAUGGAUCAGGCGCAACGCCGGUAGAGUUUUCGCCGCGAUCGAGCCCAUUCUCGAGCAGGACUUCCUUGCGAUGGCCAGAACUGACACCACCACUUUCGCUCUCUGGCGGACUCUGGUUUCCGCCGUCGCCUCCGCGGCGGCUAAAGAAAUCAAAGUCUCCAAGGACACUGCGCUUUUCGUAACAGAAGCCCUCAAUCUUUUGCAAAGAAUUUGGGAGCGGGGUUUGCCGAACCAGGAUGGCGCCGAGCCCAGUGUGUUGGAAUUCCUCCUCGCUGUGCAGGCAUAUCUGAAAGCAAUGAUCAGCUCCCUGGGCCUGCCUCCGUUCACGGAGAAAAGCGGCAAGCAUCAGGCUCCAGCGAAGGCGCCACUUCACACCCUCUUUUCGAUGUUGUCGACGCUUCCCCCAGGCGUUCCGGACGACAAGGAGUUUGCCGAGUUUUUCGGCUUGGUCUUCGCCCCCUUUUUCACUUCCAAGGGGGACCGGGCGAGAAUGGACCUGGCCCAGGACUUGCUGUCAGGCAUUCCGAUGGACAUUCCUCUGCCGUACGGUACUUGGUUGCUGGUGGCUGAGAAUAUCCUGUGCUGGCUUGAGCCUAUCCAGAACAGCCACCACUCGAGCGGCUCUGGAGGGGAGACCCCGGUUGGGCACGAUUAUCGCGACAUUGUCAAGGUCCUCGAACGCGGCAUCAGAUCGACGCCGAAUCUUCCGCCAAAGCACUGGGAGUCCCUGUUUUUUGCUGCGUUCAAGCGGGCGCGUGAGGAAACUGGGGACGCGGGAGUGGCCAUGGUCAUGAUCGAGCCGCUGGCGAAGGUUCUUGUUGACCAGCCGGCCACCGGAGGGACCAAUGACAAGCAGCUCAACCGCGCCCGGUAUGUAACUGAACUGAUCGCUAUCGCAACGCAGCCACGCGAAAGACAAGCCGUGGAUGCUGCCCGAAAACAUCUAUGGGGCACAGUCUUCGCUGGUUCUCGUUCCUCAUCCUUCGAUACUUUCGACAGCCUCUACAAGGUUGUUAACGAGGUUUUGGAGGAUUUGUACACCAACUUCGGCCCCACCAACGCGGAACAGAGCGCCCGGCUUCUGAGGGAGCUUGGUGGCUUCUUCGACAGGUGCAACCGCCAGCUGUUCCUCAAGGCGAUGGCUGCUCUUCAAGACGGGUUUCUUCCCUGGUUUCAGGACAGCCAACGACUGCUUGGCAGCCAGUCUAGUGCCGUUCUUGCUUCGACCAAAUCACUGUGGGACAAGCUCUCCCACUUGAUUAGCGAGGUCGAACACCCCGAGCGGCACCUGCAGUGCCUUGGGCCGUUCUUCCGCGCCUCCUUUGCGUCCUGCCAUCGAGCGAUCGUCAACGCGAGCAUCUCCUUGUGGAAUAGACUCUUUGAGAACGUCGGGCAUAUUGACUACCCCGAGGAUCUCAAGGCCGCCCUCGUGCAACUGCAGCUUCAUGCCGACAUCAUCCUACCAGGGCUCGAAACCUCGAGUGUCGAGUGCGCUGGGCAGCAGCAGUCCUUCGUUGACUCUGAUGAUGAUUUCAGCUUGCCGAGGUAUCCCUCAACGCGAUCCAGCAGCCGAAGAGGGACCCCCCGUCCAGAUUCUUCUCGGUCCAAGUCGCCCAAGCCACCAGCCUCGCUCAAGCUUGCCAUGAAGCCGACCAGCGCCUCUCCGCAACGAAUCCCAGUGUCGAGGAACCGACAGAACACGCCUCGUCGAUUCAGACAUGACGACUCGCAACUCCAUUUUGCAGCGAUCGAGCCUUCGUCCGUCUUCGGUAACCCUGUCGAGUCUCAGGUCUUGACGGAGCGGCAACAAGAGGUUCGUGAACGGCAACGGCAGAAUGCCGCCCUCUUCCCCGCAAUGCGGUCCAGCCCAGGCGUCACGCCGAAAGAAGCCGACUGGCAAAUGAUGCGCCUGAGUGGUUCUCGGAUGCGGCAAGCCACGACCCCCGAGCCCGAGAAAGCAUUUGACGACUACGUCUCAUCAACACCAACCCCUCGGCGUGGUCAAGCAUUGGUCAUGCCGGAGCAUGAUUUGACUGAUCCCCCUUCGUCGCCGCCGGAGCUCAGAGGGAACCCCCUGGCAGCAGAGAUAAGAUCCCGGUCUGCCAGCCACAGCCUACUCGAGGAGUGGCAGUUUUCUUCCUCCCCAGUUUCGGGGUCACCAAAUGCGAAUCGGCACGCCGUCAUUCCCGACCCAUCGAGCCAACGUGGCUAUGUCAGCGUUGUGUCAUUGCCCGAAGUCGUUGAUGCUACCGAUUCCCCCGAAAAUGCAACCGGGGUAUACGACGGAGCAGAACCAGAGUCACCUGCGGACGAGAUAGUCGAGGAUAGCAUGGUCCUCGAUCCCUUGAAUGGGGUUGCAGUUCCGGAACCAUCCGGCAACUCGGCGGAAGAGGACCCUUCUACUCCACGACGGUCCGCCCGGCUCUCACAGUCUCGGGCUCCUCGGGAGACGCCGACGCCCAAGUCUGACGGUGAGGUGUUCGUGGACGCGCCAUCCAGUCCCCUUCCACCGACGCCAAGACGGCCAGAGAGAGCCAGCAAUGGGGCGGAAGCACCGGACGCCAACCGAAUCCCGGUGGUUCCUACAGGCGACACCUCGUUUGACCUUAGCGACAUCGAUGACACAAGCUUUCUCAAACUGGUGGUUGAGCUGGACUCGGGCAAAUCUGACCGCUCAGACUACCACCGAACCUCUCCGUCGGUAUCCCCUGAUGGUAAGGGGCGGGAUUCGCCGAUCGCCGACUGCAUUGUUGUUGGGGACAGUCCGGAAAAGGCUGAGUUGCCUGCACUUUCAAGAAGCACUCGAGGCUGUUCGACAAGAUCGCCGAGCAUUUUGCCAGAGAAUGUUGCGAGCUCGCAAUCGAAGUCGCGCGUGGGGCGUCGGAAGAGAAAGAGGGCGUCAUCAAAGUCGUCUGAGAAUAGCCCGAAAAGGCAUCGACAUGAGCAUGGGUCGGUAGCUGGGUCGGUGAAGGCGUCAGACAUUGAACCAACGCCAACACAGAACAGCGACGUUGAAGUCCAUGGGUCUGGGGAGGCACCGGAAGUCAUCUUAGGGUGUGCUGAAGCGGAUAGCAUCGUUCACGAGGAACGAAUUCCCAGCUCAUCAGCCGAACAUGAAAGUUCGGGAAGCGCGAGCGAUGGCGACAGCUGGCAAGGCUUUACAGUCUCUGAUACCAGAGACGCUAUGGAAGUCGAAGCAGACGAUCAGGACGUGCAGUGCCAAAUUGCGCUCGAAUUCAGUCACAGUCAACACCAGGAGGAAGACAGCACGCCGGCGUCUGCGGAGGACUGCCCGAAGCCAGCCUCAGCCGAGCAACCGAUGCACGCUAGCGUGCAACAGCCUCUCACCGAAGAAGAGGAAGUCCAAAAUAUGAUCCCUACAACAAACACGACGGGCUCUGUGGCGAUGGUGGACCAAGCAGAGACGGCCGCGCCAAAGCCGGUGGAAAAGAUCAUGAACUUGUUUCGGAGCGGGUUGGACGAGCUGCGGACGGCGCGGCUGUCCCGACAAGAGGUUUAUCAGAUUGAGGAUAUGUUCAUGGAUAUGAAGAGAGAACUGUACGAAGCAGAGAGACGGGGGCGAGCAUAACGUUCAGGUAAUUUGUUUCUGCAUACUUAGUGGCGUAUAUAGGCGUGGUGUAUGGUUUAACGUUGCAUGGCAUGGGUCACUGGGUGUCUGGAUGUCUGGUUGUUGGGUAUUGUUCAAAAAAACAUCGACAUGGCCAAGCGAGGCUACAGGAACAUCAAGUCCAAUAGAGAUCACCGCACAAUAAAGUGCGGCAGCUUCAGGUUACCAACCAGGAAUUGAGGAUGGUGCCUUCCUUGAUUCCAUAUGUACUUCCAACUAAGUUGAUUCGACGUCAUCAUCAAGGGAGCUUGGGCUCACCUGAAGUGUGCGGUGACCGCAGCAAGACGGUGGCGGCGUUUCAGGUUCUGCAUCUGACUGCGUCUGACUGCGUCCGACCGCAUCAAACCAAC